AGGGUGCUAGGUGUUAAGGGUUUAUAGCUGUUAAAAUAAUCCUGAUAUUUCCACCAGCCAUGAUUACUCCUCUUGAUAUUUUAUCGUUGGAAACUUGGAUUUUAAUCCUGACUUCAUUCAUUCUUAUCAGACUGUACAUCCACAAAAGAUGGCAAGUGCUAAAGGACCUUAACAUACCACAUGAUCCACCUACAAUACUGGGGGUUGGAAACAUGAGCAAAUUCUUUAAAGAUUCUGAUGCAGGCUAUAAGAGACAUUUAGAAUUGAAACAAAAGUUUGGGCCAAUUUAUGGUCAUUACAUUGGUUUAAGUCCACAUGUUUAUGUUGGUGACCCAGAAAUUUUAAAGCAAAUCAUGAUAAAAGAAUUUCAUAUAUUUCCAGAUAGACAGAAAAACUUUCAAAACGCAAAUGGUAAAGAGUUCAAUGACAAUCUAACUGCUAUCAGUGGUAAGCAAUGGAAAAGAGUGAGGGACACCCUUUCUCCAACGUUUACUUCUUCAAAGUUGAAAGAAAUGUUUGGUAUAGUUGAAGAUUGUGCCGAUAGUUUUGUUCAAAACAUUGGAACGAUAAACUCAGAUAGUAAUGGAAGAUUCCAGCCUGCAGUUGUAUUUUCCAAAGUUGCGAUAGAUUCAAUUUGUUCUGCAGCCUUUGGUGUGAAUGUCGACUCACAGUCAAAACCACAAGGACAGGAACCUGAAGUAGUUAAGAUGGCUUUGGAACUUUUUAACUACCCAGUCUUUAAGAAUCCAUUCUUUCUUAUAUUCCUGAUGUUUCCAUGGACGGAAAACAUUGCUAAAGUAUUUGAUUACAGUCUUUUACCAAAAGAUUGUUUGCGUUAUUUUGCCCGGCUAGCUAAGACUGUGAAAAAGAACAAAGCAAAUGUCGAACAGAUGCAGAGGGUGGAUAUUCUGCAGACAAUGAUUAAUUCUGAGAUAACAGAUAAUGAGGUAAAGAAUGGAGCAACUAAAGGUUUGACCGAAAUAGAAGUGACUGCCAACAGUCUUCUGAUGAUGUUUGGUGGUUUUGAAACUACAGCAAGUGCCAUGGUGUUCCUUGCAUAUAACCUGGCUGUGUAUAAAGAUGCACAACACAAAUGCAGGGAAGAGAUUGAACAAGUCAUUGCUAAACAUGGUGGGUUGACAUACGAGGCAAUGAAUGAUUUGAAAUACUUAAUGCAAUGUCUGAAUGAAUCAUUGAGACUUUAUCCACCUGCUCCUAUGAACUCCCGAUACUGUGAGCGUGAUAUUACUAUCCAUGGCUUGACAAUCAAGAAAGGAAUCACCGUUCAGAUCCCGGUGUAUGGGAUGGGAAGAGAUGAAGAGUUUUGGGAAGAUCCCCUUGUGUUUAAACCAGAAAGAAUGUUGGACAUGAAUGAGAUUGAUCCAAUGAUAUUCCAACCAUUUGGUGCUGGUCCACGUAACUGUAUUGGAAUGAGAUUUGCACUUCUUGAAAUUAAAAUCAGUUUCGCAAAACUUCUGCAGAAAUUUCAUCUCGAUGUUUGUGAAGAUACCCCUGCUGCUCCAAUUGACGUUUCAUUCAAGAGUGGAAUGAGAACAAAGCAAGAUCUCUUCCUCAAAGUUACAGCAAGAGAAUGAUAACUUUAAACUUGUUUGCAAAUGAAAUAAUGCUUAAUUUGGUUGUUAGUCGAUCAGGCAUAUUUGUCAAUUCAUAGAAGUUACAAAUGAUGUAUGUUCCUAAUAAUUUUAGACGCAGGAUGUUACAUGCUUUAGUUUUUUUUCCGUAAGUAAUUAUUUAGCAUUAGAUGCCACCAUGGAAUGCUGUUCAGUUUUAGUAUUGUUUGUGUGAAGUACCACAGGGUAAUGUUUGAUUAUUUGAUUUUCUGUCAAUAUAGUCUAUAGUGCACUGCACUCUAAUUCUGUGAUUAAAAUUAGAAGCUUA